UUACAAAGAUCUUUGACAUUUAGAUAGAUUGAAUAAAUUCAUUUAAGGUUUUGUAUCAUUUCGAUUUAUAUCUUAUAUUUCGUCAUAUUUAUUCAGCAAUAAUGAAGAUUUCACGUUUUAAAAAAGCCCAUAAAACGUUAACAUUUUUUGCUACAAAUUUUGAUUACCGGGAACCAUACCAGAUUUUGGUAGAUGCCACUUUCUGUCAGAUAGCUCUACAAAAUAAAGUUAUAAUCGAAGAGCAAAUAAAAAAAUAUUUUCAGACAACUAUAAAAUUAGUAACUACCCAAUGUGUAAUACUAGAAGCAGAAUCUCUGGGAAGUCCGCUUGCUGGGGCUACUAUGAUAGUCAAGAAAUUUCAUGUGCAUAAAUGCGGUCAUGAAGGUGCACCUGUGCCAGCUUCACAAUGCAUAAAGUCCAUGACAAAAGGUGGACGUUACGUCGUGGCCUCACAGGAUCGCACUUUACAAGAUAGCCUUAGAAGAGUACCCGGCAGAAUAUUGUUGUAUUUGCACAAAGCUACACCCGUUUUAGAAGAGCCCUCCGAAGCAUCCAAAAAAUAUGUUUCCAAAAAAUCUCAAAAAAGUCUAACCUGUGGCAUAGAGAAGCAUGUUGAACAUUUGAAAAAAAUACAAACUAUUCAAAAUGAAAAACUAUAUAAACAAAUUAAAACACGAAGAGGACCGAAAAAUCCAAACCCACUUUCAUGUAAGAAGAGUACAAAGCAAAAAGGUAAAAAACCAAACCCAAUCAUUGCAAAAGAAUCUAAAUUGAGUGAAACUAGUAAGGUACAAAUGAAGAAAAAACGUAAGCGUAUAAAAACAUCAAAUCAUAUUAAGACAUUAUAGUUAUAUAAACAUUAAAGAUAAAUGUAUGUAAAUAAAUAAAUACGUAUGUACACAAAAUUUAA